AUGACAACAGCGAAUGAGAAAGCAAGAAACUACAUGACAAAAAUUAUCAGAGCUAGCCUAGCUCUGGGUAUAAUACCAAACAGCUGGCAAGGAACGAAAGUAGUCUUCCUCCCCAAACCGGGUAAACAUGACUACACAGCGGUCUUCAGACCAAUUUGUCUAAUGUCUACAACACUAAAACUCAUCGAGAGAUUAGUAGAUAGACACAUAACAAGCACAAACUUAAACACGAAGCCUCUACACAAAUUUCAGAACGCAUUUAGAGCCGGCUUACACAAAAUAGUCAACUUCGUGGAAACAGUCAUUAACAAAAAAGAAAUAGUAGUGGCUUGCUUCAUCGAUAUAGAGGACGCGUUCAACUGCACACCAACGGAGGUAAUGAUACAAGCCCUCCACGAAUUCGGAGUAGAAGCAUGUCUGAUAAGAUGGAUCAAACACAUGCUAGAAAAUCGCAAACUAAUAAGCAGCAGAGGCGAAACUACGAUCCAAGGCACUGUCCAAAGAGGAUGCCCACAAGGAAGAAUACUAUCACCACUACUAUGGUGUCUGGCAGUGGACAGUCUCCUAUACGCCCUUGAAGACAACAAUGUCAUGGUAAUGGCCUAUGCGGACGACGUGGUAUUCAUGGCAAAAGGAAAAAACAUGACUCAAAUCAGAACAAGAAUUCAAGACGCACUAAUAGCCCUAGAAGAAUGGAAAGUGAAGUAUCUGGGAGUGACAAUAAACGAGAAACUGACAUGGAGAGAACAUGUCUUCUCAAAAGUUGCAGAAGCAAAAAAGAACCUCAACCUUCUAUGCAGAAUGCUAGAUCCAACAUGGGGCAUAAAUCCCAUAACAACCAAAUGGAUCUACGAAGCAAUCAUAGUACCGAGAGCAACAUUCGGGAACAUCGUCUGGUGGCAAACAUCCAACAUGAUCACAGCCACCACGAAACUAGAUAGCAUACAAGGCACAGCCUUAAGGGAAUGGACUCCCGUGCCUUACGUUAAAAUAAAAGAACUAGCGAUGAAGACAGCCAUGAGACUACACGGCUGGGGUCACUGGGAAAAUAUAGACAGAGGUCACAGCCAAAUAAUCAAACAGAAUGGCAAUGAAUCAAUUAAAGACAUGUAUCUGGUCCCAAAAGACAGACUAAUCACAGAAUACAUAUUCGAGAAAAAAUACGAAACCAAAAUUGAUUCCAAAGAGACAUGGAACACUACCACGUUACAUCAAAACAACGACAUAGUAUGGUAUACGGACGGCUCUAGGAAAGAGAACCUCUCCGGUGCAGGCUGGUACUGCGGGAAAGGCCUAUCGAACGAAGGCUUCAAACAACUUUGUAAAUAUGCUACAGUAUACCAGGCUGAAGUAAUAGCCAUAUCUGAAUGCACGCAAGAAAUGCUUAACCUGAACAUAAACUGCAAGAGAAUAACAAUAUGUACAGAUAGCCAAGCGGCAAUCAAAGCACUGGACAAAGCCGAAAUCACAUCAAGAAUAACCAAAAAAUGCAAGAUAACAUUAAACACACUUGCCAUAAACAACAGAAUAACAAUACGAUGGGUACCGGGACACAACGGUAUAAUAGGCAACGAAAAAGCGGACAGACUGGCAAACAGGGAAUCAGACGAACCUCCGAUGGGGCCGGAAUCAAUCAUCCCAAUACCAGAAACGGUAUACACACUGGAAAUAGAGAGACUAAGGAACUCUAUGAAAAAGAGAAAAUGGAAAGAGACACAAGGAUGCGAGCAAGCUAAAACGCUGCUCGGCACCGAAAUAAACAAUAAAAAGAGAAUCAAACAGAUUCUCAACUUGAAGAAAGAAGACGCGAGAAACGUGGUGAGCGACAGGACACGCAGUGUCCUAACAGGACACGCUCCCUUAAAAGCACAUCUGAACAAGAUGGGCAAAUGUCCAGACGAUCUAUGUAACCAGUGCGGAGAAGCUCCAGAGACAACGACACGCAUUCUAUGCGAAUGUCCAAGAUUAGUGAUGAAAAGAGGCAGAUACUUUGAACAGUUUAUCAUAGACCCUAAUGAUAUAAAAACACUUGAUCCGAAAAAGAUAGCAUUCCUCGCCGACAUCAAUCCAUGGAGAUUAGAAGAUGUAAACACAAGAGAAGGAAAGGGGAAAAGUGGAGAAGAUCCAAAGAUAGCGGAAAACGGGACUAUACGGCAAACACCCAAUAAACGGGAAACCAACGGAGUCCUGCCGAGGCAGUGGAUCACAGAGGGGAGCGAGGCUAGGGCUACCCCUUUCACAACAACCAAAAUGUAA